AACCUUCGGUUGCGCGUGUGCUUCCCCAGGUCCUGGCAGCGCCAUCCGGCUGGAGGGAGAGGAUUCUGGCCGCUUGUUUUGUCACUGCAAAGGAACACUGGAUGUUUUUAUUUUUAUUUUAAUUUCUAUUUUUCUGGAUGUACAUGGGCGUGCUGCCAACAGGGACAAAGCAGCAAAGUGGCAAUCCACAACGUCGCUAUCGAUGGAAAAAAUAAGUUGACUGCCCGUGGAAGAAUUUUGUUUUCCUCGUUCCAGGGGAGAGGAGAGCUCAUUUUUAUCAAAAUGAAUCGGAUUUCAAGAAUCAAGGGAGUGCGGGAGUAGUGACAUUCAGAGGAAGACAGCGACCCACAUUUUGUGAACACUGCACGAACGUCAAUAUCCUAAACGCCAUAUCGAUGGUCACAUUUCCGCGCGACGGUGCUUGAAAAAUUGUUACACGGUGGUGUUACAUAGGUAAAGAUUUGUUCGAUGAGAGGCAUUUUGCCUGCGUGUAAAGCCAAAAUACAAGUAAGCUAGCAAGUGACAAGCUAGCGAGCGUGGCCUGAUUUGAGACCCAGCUAACUUCUGCAAACUGAAUGCAGCACUGGCAGUGGGAACAGCGUCGGUGCUGGAUCAGACAAUAUGGCAAACAUGAGGAAAUUGAAAAGAUGAACGUGUGGUGUCCUAUGUAAAUGCACAUCGAUUUCCCUUUUCUUUUCAAAAAGGGGGAAAUCAGACGAAUUUGGGGUGAGGAGAGUUGCUCAUCACUUCCAACAUGCGGGAGAUUUAAGGCCGUGCAACAUUUAUUUAUUGUGGGGGGAGCGGGAUUUAUUUUUGUGGCAUCAACAUUUUAGCUUGUUCAGUUUAUUUUGCGAAACAAGCAGAUUCUUGUACAGAAAUUCUUUAAGAAGCUUAAAAUUGCAUUAGUCGUUAGCAUUUUGCACGCAAUAGUGAAGGUCCAUUUUCAGAACUAGGUCAGAUUGGUGGAAUGAUAAACCUGGAGACUCAGAGAGAGUGUGGUAAUUAUGACAACUGACACAUUUAUUUCAUUCUCAUGUCAGACACUUUUGGUUUGAUUUUUGUUUUUGUAUCGUUACAUGACCGCCAAAUGACAGUUUGAAAACCACUGCUUGACAAGUCACACAUUUAGUCCGUUCACCGUGAGAUCUCACUAGGGACCCAUUUUUGCUUCUGUUCUUUUCUUCUUGUUUUUGUUUUGAGUGGAUGGCUCUCUGCGGAACAACGGCAACUAAUGCCGCAAAAAUGAUGGCCGCGUACAACGGUGGCGCCUCAGCAGUGGCGGCACACCACCCGCACCAUCACCACCAACUACCGCACCUUCCACCCCCUCACCUCCACCACCACCACCACCCUGGACAACAUCAUCUGCAGCAUCCUGGCUCGGCCGCUGCCGUCCAUCCCGUUCAACAGCACGCCUCUACGGCUGCGGCAGCCGCGGCCGCUGCUGCGGCGGCGGUGAUGCUGAACCCGAGCCAGCAGCAACCCUACUUUCCCUCCCCAGCUCCUGGACAAGCACCAGGCCCGGCGGCGGCUGCUGCACCAGCCCAGGUUCAAGCUGCUGCGGCCGCGGCUGUCAAAGCGCACCACCACCACCAUCAGCAUUCGCAUCAUUUACAACAACAGCUGGACAUAGAACCCGACAGACCCAUCGGAUACGGAGCGUUCGGAGUGGUUUGGUCAGUGACAGAUCCAAGAGAUGGCAAACGGGUUGCCCUCAAAAAGAUGCCCAACGUCUUCCAGAAUCUCGUUUCCUGCAAGAGGGUCUUCCGCGAACUGAAGAUGCUCUGUUUCUUUAAGCAUGACAAUGUCCUGUCAGCUCUUGACAUUCUACAGCCUCCUCAUAUCGACUACUUCGAGGAAAUCUACGUGGUGACAGAGCUGAUGCAGAGCGACCUUCACAAGAUCAUCGUGUCCCCUCAGCCCCUCAGCUCCGACCACGUCAAAGUCUUUCUCUACCAGAUACUGAGAGGGCUCAAGUACCUGCACUCAGCUGGCAUCCUGCAUCGAGACAUUAAGCCUGGGAACCUUCUGGUCAACAGCAACUGUGUCCUUAAGAUCUGCGACUUUGGCCUGGCACGGGUGGAGGAGCUGGACGAGUCCCGUCACAUGACCCAGGAGGUGGUGACACAGUACUACCGCGCCCCGGAGAUCCUCAUGGGCAGUCGCCACUACUCCAAUGCCAUUGACAUCUGGUCCGUCGGCUGCAUCUUUGCCGAGCUGCUUGGCCGACGAAUCCUCUUCCAGGCACAGAGCCCCAUCCAGCAGCUCGACUUGAUCACAGACCUGCUGGGUACCCCGUCUCUGGAGGCCAUGAGGACUGCGUGUGAGGGGGCCAGAGCUCACAUCCUGCGGGGACCCCACAAACAGCCCUCUCUUCCAGUCCUCUACACAUUGUCCAGCCAGGCCACUCAUGAAGCCGUUCAUCUGCUCUGCAGGAUGCUCGUCUUUGACCCCUCAAAGCGCAUCUCUGCGAAGGAUGCGCUGGCUCACCCCUACCUGGACGAGGGCCGCCUGCGCUACCACACCUGCAUGUGCAAGUGCUGUUACACCACCUCCACGGGCCGGGUCUACACCAGCGACUUCGAGCCUGUCACCAAUCCCAAGUUCGACGACGGAUUUGAGAAGAAUCUCACAUCGGUCAGACAGGUGAAAGAGAUCAUCCACCAGUUCAUUCUGGAGCAGCAGAAGGGGAACCGCGUGCCACUCUGCAUAAACCCCCAGUCUGCCGCGUUCAAAAGCUUCAUCAGCUCCACGGUGGCUCAGCCGUCUGAGAUGCCCCCUUCUCCUCUGGUGUGGGAGUAAAGCCCACUGACCGCUGGAAAGGUCCAGCGCCCCCAGGUGGCCACAGCCCUGCCUAAGUGUCCUCCAUGAAGCUCAUUCACAUCCCAACCACGAACCCCCCCACUCAGAACUACUGAAGAGGACCAGGCACCCACCACAACCCCCCACCCACCCCAGAAAACUACGUAGCAUUUCACUGGAGUCUAGGACUAGCAAAGAAAGAUGUUUUCUUAUCACAUUGUGUACUGUAAUACUAACUGAAGAUGGAUUUUUUUUCUUCUUUUUUUUUGUUUUUCUUUUUUGUUGAUGUACCAACCACUGCUGAUUAGAGUUUGUUUUCGUUAGAUAAAACGGGGGAUUGAUGGGGUUGGAGGGAUUGGACUUGUGGGUGAAAGGCGAACGAACAUUAAGUUUGUGAAUGCACUCACACAAACAUACACAUGCAUUUAAGUCUGUGUGUCUGUGUGUGUGUUUCUGGAGGCCCUAGGCCCACUGUGGACAGGAAUGUGAAGUGUUCGCUGGGCCCGGGGCUCCGCUUUUCUGCUUCCUGUGAAAGGCAAACACAUGGCUCAGAAGAUCUGAGAGGAGAAAAAAAGAAAUGCAAGAGAAAGACGGAAGAGGUGGUGGAGGAGAGUUCCUGCGUGCAGUGGAGAUCAUCCUUUAUUCGCUUUGUCUUCAAGAGGCUGGAGUCUGGUCUGUUCAGCCACACGCAGAAGAAACCCACACCGUCCUCCUCUUUCUCUCUCUCUCUCUCUCUGCCCCCUGUCUUGACUGAAAGGAUGACCUGAAUGUGCUGUAUUUUAUUUAUACUCUCAUACUGUUAAGCAUUAUGAUAAGAAGUUAACGUAUGUUAGAUUUUAAUUUCUUGGUGUUUGCCUCUCACUUUCUAUCUCUUUCAGUCUCUUUCUUACCAUUCCUACUUUUGUAGUAACAGGCAGUAUAUCCUGAUUUAUUUUUUUUGUUUGUUGGUUUGUUUAGCUCCAGUCAGCGUAGCGCUGUUAGCCCUGAUUGACUCUGAGGUCUGCGGAGUCUGUGUUUCCUUAACAGCACAGACUGCAGAGUGAUGAGGCUGUGGCCUUGCCGAGAGCUUGGAAAGCAGGCAGUUGAGGGCGAUGUGAAAACACGUAAGGCUCUCGAGCAAUCCUGCGUGGAUCAAGUCUUUUGGACAAAACUGAGAGCAAGACAGAAGAGUUUUCACAGACUGGGGGGGCAGUAUCUUUCUUUUCAUGUUUUUGUUCGGGCUCUUCCUUUAUUUGAAGUGUUGUCCGAGACCUGGUCAUAGUAGGCUUAGUCAUGCCAGGUCCUCGCUUUAAGGACAGAGGAGACGACCUUGUGCUUGUUGAACAGUCUCUGUUCAGAAACAGAUAAGUGAGUGGACAAGACGAGGAUGCUGCUCAGCCUCUUUCUCUAUGGAGUUGGCAGCCAAUGAGGAGUGGUCAUGCGGUGCGUCUGUAUGCUGUAAUGAGGACAGGGUGACCACGGACAAACAGGCACAUAGUUAGAGAGGAGGGGAGAAAGACAGAAAGUUGAAGUGUCUAUUUCAACAGCAGGGGCAAAUCGGCAGACAUUACAAAAUGAUUGAUGUGACCCUGAGGCUCAAAGGUGAUCUUAGACCAUUCCUUGAAGAUAUUUAAUUUAUUCCAUGUAAAACAUGGCUGAAGGUCCCCAAAGGAAGGUGUGUGUGUGCGUGCGUGAGAGCCUGUGGGUGAGAGCCUGUGGGUUGUGCUUGUGUGUGUAUGUUUGUGUGCAUGUGUGUAUGCUAGAGUAUGUGUGAUAAAAAAAGAAUGAUAUUGAUAGCAUAUGUAUCCUUGCAUAAGUACCAUGCUAAAGACUUGUAUUAACAUUUGUUCAUUAAUUUGUUCAUGCGUUUUUUCAUCUGCUGAAAUGGACCACCAUGGAGUGAGAGCAGGAGGGCUGUGAGGUGGGUUGUAAAAGCUGCCCCCUACCUUUCAGUCGGCAUGUUGGGUCUCAGACAGCCCCAGGACAGGCCAGGCCGUGACGCCCAGUCAGGAGAAAGACGAGCUCCAAAGUAGGCUCUUACUCCCCAGGAUUAAACCAGAGGAAUAUUCUCACCGCCAUUACAUAUACACUGUAUAGUCACACUCAUACCUAUCCAUACACACCCAGGAGCAGAAAAAAGAGAAACUAUUUAAUAUAUUUUUAGAUGAUUUUUUAAUUAUUAUUUCUUUCUUAAUGUUUCAAUGGCAUGCUCUCAUGACCCACUGAAUAUGUUAUGUAUAUACAUGAGUAGCUACUAGGAUGAAACAUCAGAAAAAUUCUACAGUGGAUAAAAAAAAAACCUUGCAGUUCUUAAAAAACUGAGGAAGACUCCAACAUUACUGCUGUAUAGAAGGUGAGGCCUGCACAUUUUUAGGGCUGUGAUUUUUUUUUUUUUUUUUUGUUUCUGAGACUCCCAUAUAAUUAUAUAUGUAUAUAAUUUUGUUUUUGUUUAUCUUUUCUUAACUCCAGUUGCAGUAAGAAAGUGUGAAGAGAUAAUCCAAAUUAUAAGCAGAAACACAUAGCCAAUUAUGUUAAUUGUGUAUUGUGUGUACUUAAGAGAUGUGGAUAUGAGUAUCGAAGUAGAAGCCCUCUUUUAUUAUUAUUAUUAUUAUUAUUAUUAUUAUUAUUAUUAUUAUUAUUAUUAUGAUUUUAUCCUUUAGACAACAAAACACUGAACUAAUUGUGUAUAUGUAUAUAAUGGAUUCACAAUGUUGGUCUCUACCUCUUGAGCUCAAUGACUUGGUUGUUUACCUCCACAUUUUUGAUUUUACCGUGGAGAUUUAAAACUUGAAUGUCCCUUCCAGUUUUUAUAUUCCUACAAAAAAACUCCCACUCUGGAAUGAAAGUCAUCAUCAAAAUUCAAAUUACAUGAGAAGGAGGCCCCUUGUAUUCCUAUUUGGAAAAUGACACCUUAUUCUUGGCCAAGUAUUCUCUGACUGUUAGUUCACUGAAAUCCUAUUUGACGUGUCAACCUUCAGUAAUUGAGGUUAUAGUUUUUGUUCAAAUGAAGUACAAAUACAUGGUAAUGCUUGUAUUUUCAGGGGGAUAUGUAAAAAAUGAUAACAUGCAAAUGAAACCGAUAAAAGGAUACAAUGGUAGUGUGAUGUGUGAAAGACUGAUGACCUCUGCAACUUCUAUCAAAAGGUAUAGGUACUACUUCUGUCAGGCUUUUUUAUAAGACAUUUGAAGUUUAUAUUCAGAGGUAAUGGUAUUUCAAUACAUUUUACGAUAUAUACUAAAGAGAGCUGUUAGUUGCCUGAAAGCUUAUGUUGGUCACACUGAGGGAUUGGAAGACGCAUCAGAUGAAUUUCAAUCUUUCCUUGGGGAAAAAUAAAACAAUGUUUGGUCUCUCAACAAAAAUGUAGAUUUGAAGUACCGUGGUCAAGCUCAUUAAAUGUUGACAUUGAAAAAAAUGACAA